GUAUUACACGGGCCUUCCCAAGCCUCGCGUGGAGGCUCGGGUGGUGGAGUUCCGAUCCGAGAGGCAGUUUGUGUCGCUGCUGCAGCAGGGGAAGCCGGUCGCCGUGGCCUUCACCUUUUCCUGUGCACACACUCGUCACUUUGACGAGAUGUUUCGACAAGCGUCGGCUGACCUCCACCCGCAUGUCAACUUUAUCCGAGUGGAUUGCCCCAAGCACCUUGGCUUCUGCAUCGCUCGACAGCGCAAGGACUACCCCUUUAUAGAGGUCUUCUAUAACUCGAAAGAGGCGCAGCCGCAGCGGGACCCGACUCCCCCUGCGGGCGGAGCUACAGGAGCAGCAGGAGUGGUUCGCUACAGUGUCAUGGUUCUGCCC